AUGAUUGAUGUUCAUGCGCAUAUCAACUACAGCAACUUUCCACGUGACAACACGCCAUCUGGUGAUAAACCUACCCUGGAUACGAUGAUAAAUCAUGCCAAGAACGCCUCCAUCCAGCAUAUUGUUGCCGUAUCAGAAUCAAUCCACGACGCGCAUGACAUUUUCGAGAUUGCAUCAGCAUCCAACAAUUUCAUUUGGCCUGCCAGGGGUCUUCAUCCUGUUCAAUGCGAUGAUAACAACGAGGAGCGAUCAGUCAGUUGGAAUGAUUUUGAGACGUUUGAGCCAUUGCUGCAAGAUGCCAUCCAACACAAAGAGAUAUGCUGUAUAGGUGAAGUGGGAUUGGAUUUCACGCCUCGUAUCCUUGCCAACAACAAUGGGAAUCAGACCCAAGAUGAGAUCAAGGACAUGCAGCGCGCCAUUUUCAAACGGCAGGUGCAAAUGGCCAUGGAAGCUAAUCUUCCUGUCAAUGUGCAUUCGAGGUCUGCUGGGCACCACGCAUUGGAUAUCUUGUAUGAAUGCAAGGCGACCAAGGUGAUCAUGCAUGCGUUUGAUGGCAGAGCAUCGUAUACAAAGAAAGCUGUCGAGGCAGGCUACUACUUUUCGAUAGCGCCCAUUGUUGUCCGAUCACCUCAAAAGCAAACUCUCGUCAAGAAUGUGCCGCUUUCCAACCUUUUACUUGAAUCGGAUGCGCCAGCUCUUGGACCGGAAAAGGGUGUGGACAAUGAGCCGGCUAAUCUUAUGAUGGCAGCAAGAGAAAUAGCGCGUAUCAAGGAGAUCUCUUUGGAUCAAGUGAUUGAAGUUACUACAAGCAAUGCACGCCAACUCUUUUCAUGUUGGGAAGGUGUUGCAUAA